AUGAUUCUGUUUCUAUUCAGGAUUCUAAUAUUUACGAAGUCAGUAGUUCUAGCAUUCAAGAGGUUUACAAUUCUAGUGUUUAUAAAGUUUAUGACUCUAGUAUGUAUAAAGAGAUAAUUGUUAGUGACAAGUUAUAUCUAUUAAAAGAGUUUGGAAAGUUUUAA